AUGGCGGGGGGUGCAGCAGCUGCUACCACAGGCCGGGGCUUGAUGAAGCUUUUGGCCGGAGGUCGUGAGGCGUGCUUGGUGGAUUUCGGUGGCUCAUCUGCAGCCAUGGACAUCUAUGUUCUCUGCCAUGAGGUACGUGGGAUGGACUUGAGCCCUGGCGAACAGCUUUCGGUGUCCCUGAGAGAUCUCACGCGCUCGGACCCGGAGAAGGAAACGAUGCCAGGAAGACCCUGGGAAUUGCGGCAGGUGAGGUCCGAGGCGGUGCUACAGUUGAGGGCAUGGGCUUCGUCCUCGCCGGACUCGCGACGGCAUUUGGGGGAGUUGAGGCUUCCUAUAGCGCAGCUCAGAGCCCUCGGUCUCAAUAUGCUGUACCAGACCUGGAUCACCUUGGAUCCGGACCCGGAGAUGCCAGGUUCACAAGGCUUGGGCCUUAGCGACCUCGAGCAGAAGAUGAAUGAUGGGAGUCGGCAACUGUUCCAGCCGAAGGUUUGCCUUUCGCUCUGCAAAGCAGAGGACGUGACUGAUGGCAAGAUGACCUUGGGCUUUGACAUCUCCAACGACCUCAAAGAUGAGCGCUGGAGUGCUCUGUUGAGAUCGCAAAUGCAACAUGUGACGAUGAGUCACGGUCUACAUCUGCAAGGGCUCAAGGCGGAAGAGGAUUCACGACAAACUGUUGGGACCCUGGGCACAGAAACGAGUCGCAAGGUGAAAAUCUUCGAGAAAGGCUCUGCUCGGAAUGUGAUGCCAGCCACAGAGGGAUGGUUUGGCUUGGGUGGCAGAUUUCUGCCGAAGGACUUGACUACCUUGGAAGGCCUCAAUGCCACCUAUGCCACCAAGGAAAUUCUGCUGGGCAUUACCAUUGGCUUUGCUCAGGUGCCCGAGUCCGUGGCCUUCGCCUUCUUGGCGCACGUGCGGCCUCACGUGGCGCUGCAUGCUGCAUGGGUCAUGGGGCUCUUUUGCAGCUUGCUGGGUGGCAGGCCCGGCAUGGUGAACGGCGCCACAGGCGCCUUCGCCGCCAUCAUCGCCACCUUUCUGCCGGUGCCCAGCGUGCCAGGUGGAAAUGGUGAGCAUGUGGAGCUGCUGUUCCCCUCCGUGAUGUUGGCAGGACUUCUGAUGCUUGCCGCCAGUGCUUCCAAUCUGUCGCGUUUCAUCUUGCUGCUCCCAACACCAGUCAUGGUGGGCUUUUGCAACGGCUUGGCCAUUGUCAUUGGCCUGGCGCAACUUCAUCCCUUCCACAGUGAGGAGACUCACUCAGGCUGGAAGGAAGGCUUUGAGCUCAUGUGGAUGCUUGUGAUCACCGCGGUGUCCAUGAUCACGAUGGAAUUUCUCCCUAAGGUGCCUUUGCAGAUCUUCAAGGUGAUCCCAUCGUCGUUGAUGGCCAUCUUGGUGGCGAUCUUGUUGGAGUUCGCGGUGGUCCGCAGAUGCGGCUCGCGCACGGAUACCAUUGGGGACGUCAGCGAGUUCACGGCCGAGACGGCGUUCCCCAUUCCGUUCUUUGUGGACCAUCCAUCCACGGGCUACGAUCUCUCGAAGAUUGGCUCGUGGACCUCCAUUCAGAACAUCAUCGUUCAAGGCAUUUUGUUGUGCGUGGUCGGCUCCAUCGAGUCUCUGAUGACCUCGGAGGUGGUGGAGUCUUUUACCAAGACUCCCAGCCAUGGUGACCGCUCCCUUUUCGCCAUGGGCCUGGGAAACAUCGUCUCAGGUUUCCUGGGCGGCAUGGGCGGCAACGCCAUGAUCGGCUUGUCCACCAUCAACGUUUUGAAUGGCGGCCGCGGGCGCAUGGCACCGACCUGCACCGCACUGGUGGUCAUGGCAUCAGUCAUGGGCGCCUAUAGCUUGUUGAACUUCAUCCCAGUGGCCGCGCUAGCAGGCAUCAUGAUUGUGGUGGUGCUCCACACCUUCAAAUGGUUCUCCCUGGGCAUGGUCUUGGCUGCCGUGUUGCCCAAGUGCGCCCGCGAUCGUUUGAACUUGCACCGCAAGGUUCCACGUAUUGAAGCUAUGGUGGUGCUCGUGGUCACCAUUUUGUCCAAGCAGACCAACAUUGCAGUGGCCGUGUUAGUGGGCGUCUCCAUCUGCGCCAUUAGCUUCGCAUGGGACGCGGGCAACGACUUCAAGCUCAGCGAGUCCAUGGCUGGCGACAUCAAGGUUUACGAUGUGGAUGGUCCCUUGUUCUUCACCUCGGCCAACCGCCUCGUGAAGCUCCUGGACAGCGAGAAGGACCCACAGGAGGUGGAGCUGCGCUUCGGGGAGGCCACGCUGAUGGAUUUCACCUCGGUAGAGACCUUGCACAAAAUCGCGCUGAACUAUCAGAAUGCAGGCAAAAGCAUCACCUUCCACACGCUGAACCUGAGCAGCCAGAAAAUCAUCGAGAAGGCCAACCAUUUGGUGCGCGCCAUCGAGUACACCUCCUCGGAUGAUGCCGUGCGCUUGCCGAGCGUGCCAAGCUUCACGGAGGGCUUCCGGCACGAUCCCAUGACGCAGCAGGGCGUCUUCGAUCGAAUCGCCAGCUUCGACAGGGUCAGCAGUCCAGGCGGCAAGAAGGACAGCGCACCAAAGGAUCUGGAAGUGGACGUGUAG